GUUCAUGCACGCCUCGGUCCAACAUUAAUCCGAUCACGUGCGCACAUCCAUCGACGACCAUGAAUCCAUCACCAGCUCUCCUUCUCUUCUUCCUCCUCGUCGUCUCCUCCUCCUCCGCCCCCGUCCUCGACACCGACGGAAACCCCCUCCGCAGCGGCGAAGGCGAAACCUACUACGUCAACCCCGCCAUCACCGACGUCGCCGGCCCCCUGACGCUCGCGUCCCGCCGGGCCACGGACUGCCCCCUCCGUGUGGCGCAGGCCCGCAUCCGCACCUCCGACACCGGCCUGCCGGUGAGAUUCACGCCGGUCGACGGCGGGAACGGCACCAUAGAGUUGGAGGAGGACGUGACGGUCGUCUUCGACGCGAUCACUCUCUGCCUCCAGUCACUGUUAUGGGAGAUAGAGAUCGGAGCCGACGACCGCAGGUACUACGUCUCGACCGGCGGGCAAGAGACGAACCCCACCGAAUCGAACCUGUUCAGCAUCAGGAGGAGCCAGAUUUCCGGGUCGGUUUAUGAACUGUUUUUCCGUGGAGUCGGCCGGGUGCCGAGUGGACCGCUGGGGAUCUUCGUGGAGGAGGGCCGGCGCUGGCUCGGAAUCAGGAACGAUAGACCUUUUCCAUUCGUGUUCCAAAAAGUCAACGCUUAGAAUCAAUUAGCCAAAUCCGUAUAACAAUAAACGCGGUCACAUGCAUGUACGGCAAGGGCCCUAAAUCAUGUCGUAUCCUACGUGUCAAAUUACUUGAAUGGAAUAAAUAAGCUAAAUGAUUUAAGUUUA